AUGCCUCAGAAUGCUCGUGCACUUAUUGUGAGAGAGCUGGGAGGACCGUUGACCUUCGAAGAUGUCAUCGUUGACGACAUACGGUCUAAUGAAGCUCUCGUCAAAAUCGAAGCCUCAGGUAUCUGUCGUACAGAUUUGAACGCUGCGGCUGGUCAUCAUCCGAUACAACCUCCAGCUGUCUUCGGACAUGAAGUAGGUGCGGGAACCGUGCUCAAAGUGGGCGAAAGUGUGACAGGGGUUCAGCCCGGCGACAAAGUCUUGCUCAGCUACUCUAUCUGUCGUAUCUGCAAACAGUGUUGCUCUGGAAAUCGGGCUUACUGCGAGAAAAUACUCGCGCUCAACUUUGGUGGUACACGAGCAGACGGCUCGAGUGCCUUGACCCUUCCAGAUGGACAAGCUCUGUUCAGCAGCUUCUUCGGCCAGAGUUCGUUUUCCAGUCUAGCCGUGGUCAACGAGACUAGUCUGGUCAAGGUCCCGUCAGACACUCCUCUGAAUCUCUUUGCGCCUCUUGGUUGCAGCAUGGAGACUGGAGUUGGCGCAAUAUUCAACACUCUGGACGUGCAACCAGGAUCCACAGUAGCUGUCUUUGGUGUAGGCUCUCUGGGGCUAUAUGCAAUUAUGGCAUGCAAGCUACGACAAGCGAAAGAGAUCAUUGCCAUCGAUAUCCAGCCAUCACGUCUUGAGCUUGCAAAAGAUCUUGGAGCAACCGCUACCAUCAACAGUUCUGAAGGUGAUGUUGCUGACCAGAUUCGAACCAUAUGCGGAACGAAUGGCCUCGAGCGAGCGCUUGAUUGUUCAGGGGUUGCAAAGAUUAUUGAAACAAUGAUCGAGUCUCUAGGAACCAGGGGAAAGGCUUGCUCUGUGGGCUCCAACAAGCCCGGGACACGCAUCAGCAUCGAUGUGCAUAAGCAUUUUGUCAAGGGCACGCAGUAUGUCGGCAGUCAUCAGGGUGAUUCGGAUCCUCAAAAGAUGGCUCCAAUGCUUAUCAAGGAGCAUUCGCUUGGCAACUUACCUUUGCACAAGGUCACAACCUUCUACAACGUGGAUGAUUUCCAGCGUGCACUCGACGACGUCCAAUCAGGCGAGACUGUGAAGGCUGUCUUGACCUGGCCAUGA